AUGGCGCCUGCUGAGGAAAGCAGGGCGCAGUUCAAAGCUGCGCCGGUGGCAGUUGGCGAGCCAGCGCAGGAGCCAGCUGCCACGCUGCCAUCCCCAGCCACGGCCCUGGCCACGAAGCGCAGCCACGCUGCAGCAGUGGUAGCUGCCCUGGCCCCCUCCAUCCUACAGGGGGUGCAGCAGCGGUCUGCAGCGCUGGCUGGGGAGGAGGCAAAGUGGGCAGCACCAGUGCCAGAGGGCCAAGCCCACGCAGUGCCUGCCCCAGAAGCCCCUGCACCAGCGCUUGAGCUCAAGGCAGCAGCAGUAGUGGCUCCAGCACUGGUGUCCGGCGUCGAGGAGAGACUGUCCGGCUGGAAGGCACAGCAACCUGCGCCGGCAGCGGAGCCGCUGCCUGCCAUCGGCACCGGCCCGCCCACGGCUGCUGCACCGGCGCCUCUGCAGAUGUCGCCGCAGCCAGAGGGAGUUCCCCCAGCGCCAGCUAGCACCAGCCUUCCCGCGGCAUCCCCAGCGACUGAAACGGCGGCACUGGCUGCUGUCCAGCCGGCCCUCGCCCAGCCAGCAGGUGCUCCUGAUCCGGCAGGCGGCCCUGUGCCGGCGGUGGCAGGCGGGCCUGUGGACGGCGGCGAUGACGGUGGCACCGACGCUGCUUACAUCGCCGCUGCCGCCGCGGGAGGCGCAGUCUUCAUCGCUCUAGGCGAGCCCGUGGCUGCGCCUGUGGCUGCGCUUGCGGGCUUCACCUGGUACUUGGUCGCCAGCCGCCGCAAGAGGCGCAGCAGCGCGGCAGCAGCCGGCCGCGCCGGCGGCCCUGCUGCAGACGGCGACUCGGUGGGCAAGGAGAUCAGCAGCGACGAGGACGGUUUCAAGCAGGAGGCGCCGCGGGAGGUGCAGCUACCGGAGCGGGCCCCACACCUCGCCAGCACCUUCUUCAGCCAGCUGCCGCCUCCUGUGGCGCUGGGCUCCCGCCACGUGGCCGCCAUGCCGAACCUGGAAGACCCGCAGCACCAGGCGCUGGACUAUGUGCUCGCCGACUACUCGCCACGCAAGGCGCCAGCCUGGCCCAACAGUGCAGCCGCCGCACACGUCGCGGAGGGCAGGCCGCCGCUGCCGCCCAGCCGCUUGGGCGGCGGCAUGGCAUCCUCCUGGCACGCGCAGCAGCAAUACCUCUACCGACCAUCCCGCCUGGGGGCGUCCAGCCGGGCAGGCAGCGACCUUCUGUCCAGCUCCGACCAGCUGCUCAUGUUCAACAUGGACCCCAGCAGCUCCAGCUACCGAGCCACAGACCAGAUCAUGGACUCCUCCCCCUGGCUGGACCCUCUGUUCCAGCAGCAGCAGCAGUCGCCGCUGGUGUUCCACCCCGCCCCAGCCCAGGGCGCCUUCAUGCACAGCCCGCAGGUGCCGCUGCCCUGCAGCUCCCUGCCCCGCGACCUGCACCCGCCGCUCGCCUCCCUGCCCCACAUUGCCGCCGCUGCGCGCGCCGCGGGCAGCCCGCCGCACAGCCACCUGCCGCUGUACGCGGCCUAUGGCAGCCUGCCCCUGGCGCACCAGGCCGCAUCGGCGCCUGCCGCCCGGGCCGACUUCCUCGCAGCCUUUGCCGGCAGGCCGGCGAGCAGCGCCGCUGGCUUUGGCGGCCGCGCCGUCGCCGUCGCCGUCCCGGCAGCCGACAUGGCGGCAAGCCCCGCCGCCAGCGCGUGCGCAGUGGUGCGCAGCACAGCAGAGUAUGGGCAGCUGUCGGGUGUGGAGCAGAAGCAGGCGCAGCGCGAGCUGAUGGCCACCCUGCAAGAGGAUGAGGUGUGGGGCGACUCCGCCUCUGAGUCUGCCCAUUCGAGAGGCGAUGCGGCGCAGCCAGCCAGCCUGCCAGUUCACCGCCCAUCAGCCCCCAAGUCGUCCCGCUUCAGCCUGGAUUCGAUGCGAUCCAUUGGCGGACGCGCCAGCGGUGACCACCCUGUCCCGCCAGAGAGCCAGCCUGCCUCCCGCCCAUCCGGGCACAAGUCGCCCCGCUUCAGCUUGGAUUCGAUGCGAUCCAACGGCGGGCGGGCCAGCGGUGAGCACACUGUCCAGCCAGCCAGCUAUCAUGAGCAUCAGCAGUACUUUGGCCAGCAGUCCGCCUUUGGGGCCCGCACGUAUGGUGGCUGGGACGGCCAGCAACAGCAGCAGCACCAGGUGUGCCAGGACCAGCCCUACCACGAGCCACUGGGCUACCAGCAGCACCCAGCUCCGCACCAGUCCCUCCUGUCUGCCGGCCUGCAGCAGCAGCAGCAGCUGCAGCAGGGUCUGGCUGCGACGGCCGUCCCCAUCCCGUCCCCCCAGCAUGCCAGCCCUCUGCUGCGCGGCGGCAGCGGCGGCUUUGCCCCGCUCGACAUGCUCACCUCUCCUGCCCAGCAGCUGGAGCCCCACCACGUCACACCAGACGGCAGCAGCGGCAGCAGCGGGGGCUCCUUCACGCCUGGGCCUCAGAUCAGCGCCUCCCCCGACCACCCGCCCCCUGGCUCCAUACCCUUCCACGUGAAGCACGGCCUGCCGCCGCCACAAGAGCAGCAGGACCAGGCGCCAGCCCCCGGGACCGGCGCGGGGCCCGCCCUCAGCAGCGCCCUGUACCGCCGCCGCUCCGACGACUUCCUGCUGAGAGCCGACUCUUUCAACUCCGCCGUCAGCCCUGGGCUCUUCACGCGAGACAGUAUGGACUCACCGAUGCAGCUGCCGCCGUCCCGCCAUCUGGGCAGCAGCUUCAGACAGCAGCAGUACAGUGCGCAGUACCCGCAGGCGCAGCAGGACGCCAGCGCGGCCCGCGCGGCGCCCCCGCCGCUGCGCUUUGCCGAGGCACGCCGCGCAGCGGCCGCCAGGCAGGGCUGA